AUGAUUGCCCUCUUCUUGGGAAUUCUUUUCUUAUGUCACAACCAGGCUACUUUAUCUCAAAAUUGCAGCGGCGAUUAUCCUGAUGCCAACGAGGUUAUGGAGAAGCUACCUGAAACAUUCAUGCUUCAGUCCCUUCGAGAUUUUCCGCCUUUAACAUGUGGCUACCAACAUUUCUACAACGAGACCCUGGGAGCUCAGACUUACAGAAAAUAUGAUCUUAAAUUUUAUAUCCCAGAAGGCAGCUUUAGUAGACCUCUAUAUGUAAAAAAUGUGACUGGGUACAAAAUAUUUUUGGGCAAGCAACCAGCCUGUUACCUGAUGGUCACAAAAACACACUUUUCUCAACCACCAGGAAUAUGCCAACAAAAAUUCAAAGAGUACUGCAAAGGUGCUGCGUUCAACUAUACGAUAACAACUAACUGUUCUUCUACAGAGAACCUGAUCUAA